CUUCGCUUAUUGUUUCAUCGCUUUGUCAUCAUCCUCCUAAUUCUUCCGCUCUGAAAAAUACACAAACUCCAAUCCAGAGCCUCCUUCCAAGAAACAAAUAAUUCUAUCUCAAUUUCUGAAACCCAAAUCUUGGCAGUCUCGGAAAGUCAAACGCAGGCGGCGGGGGAGGGCGAGAAUGAAUUUCAGGAGCAUGGACGAGUUCUGGGGGUUCUACAUGAGCCAGCACUCGAAGCCGUGGACCAGGCGAUGGCACUUCGUGGGGACUCUGCUGAGCUUGGUCACUUUGCUCUACGCCCUGUGUUUCAACUGGUGGGUUUUGUCUCUGGUGCCGGUAAUCGGCUACGGGUUCGCCUGGUACAGCCAUUUCUUCGUGGAGCGGAACGUGCCGGCGACGUUCGGGCACCCGCUUUGGUCCCUGCUUUGCGAUUACAAGAUGUUCGGCUUGAUGCUCACCGGCGGGAUGGAUAAGGAGAUCAAGCGCCUCGGCAAGCGCCCCGUCUUACAGACCUAUUGAUGAUUUGAUAUGAUAAUUCAUCUCCCUUUCACCUCCUUUUUUAAUGUUUUUUUUUCUUCCUUCAGUGGGUUUGCUUUGCUCUAGCGAUUCAAUAACCACACAAGCAAGCAAUCGGCUUCAGGUUGCUAAUGGACUGUCUGUCUGUCUCUGUCUCUUCUUCUUCCUUUUGUAAAGAUGUCUUGUCUCGAUCAUAAACAGAUAAUUCGUUUACUUUCAGAAAUUUGUGAAUUGCUGUGAUUUCUGAUUCUCCCAUGAGCUCGAUCGGAGGUGUUUUAUUUUGUAAACAAGUAUUAUAGUUACAUGGUAAAACUGGCAGCUAGCUAGUAAAGAAGCUAAGCUCUU